AUUUUGUAAGAUCUAGCAAGGAAAAUGUUCACUUUCCCAGAAGAGACAGACACAGCUCAUGUGAAGCUGUUAACAACAAAACAAGACUUAAGUGCUGUAACUGUCUGUCUCAGGUCCUUUACAGACCUCAGAAGAAUCCACUUAAUUUUCUCUUUGGCAACGGCGUCUGCUUUCAAUGACUUUCUGUUGAUGAAACAAGCUGAAGGUGAUUUGCUUUAUUUGUGGGUCAGGGACAAAGAAGCUGAAUUUCCAUUGCAAGACUACAAGCUGAACACGUGCAACUCUAUUUGUUCCACCUGGAAUGGUACCUCUGGAUUGACUCACAAAGACAAAGUUCAGGGAUUUGGUCUGAGAGCGGACCUUUACUCCAGGGAAUGUGCUGAACUGGAGUGCUCUGGAUUUUCAGGAAGAGUGUUGAUAGAAGACAAGCAAAACUGUUAAUACCAAUUUUAUGCCCAACGUAAAGAAUUUUUUCAAUCUAUACUAUUAAUAUGUUUCACAACAGAAAUGGUUUUAAAGCCUAUAUUGCAUUUUUUAUUACAUAUUUUGGAGUUUUCAAAGCUGAGCUUUGUGUGUAAUGUAUUGAUACGUACCCCU